AUGGACGAAACUGAAACUUGGUCAGCACCACCUUCCCCACCAUCCACUUCUUUCCCUUCCCCAACUCCCAUGAUCACCACUUCUCAAUUCCCCAUCAACUCUCCACAUCCUUCUUCUCUAUCUCUCGAUCCGACAUCGCAAUACAUAGGAGGAACAAAUUCUCGUUCUCCGAUGUCACUCGAUACACCUUUACAACUUCCCGUAGGUGCAGGAAUGGGUAUGAUACCACAUUCAGGUUUACGUCCUCCUACUCCUGCCGCCAGUCCUAGCCCUUUACCGUUGUUGGAUCAAAUGAUGGGGUUGAAUAUGAAUGAACACCUGGAUCCAUUGGACAGGAAGGUGGGAGAUUACAAUGAACAUGCGAGGGAGAGAGGAUGGAAGGAGAGAUGGAAAGGAAAGGGCAAGGAAUAUGAAGCGGAGGUGGAUAUGACCGGUGAGUGGGAGAUUUCUAUCAAACAUCAAUGUCACUUCUUUAACACCAAUCCCAGUAUAGCAUCGUGUAACGACUACUGCAUCUUUUCUGCAAAGUCCAAAUGGAGAAGUCGAAGAAUGGAGAGAAAGAGUCACGUUAGAUUGAGAUAA